GCCGAAGAUGAUGUGCAUCGCUCGUCGACAUGCAGCGCUCCUUCAAGUUCGCGAUCCUCAGCGCACUCGCUGCCGCUGCGGCGGUCCUCGCGUGUCCGGGCGAGGAACACAACCAUAUCCACGAGCACAGGAAGCGUGAGUAUCCACAGGUCCCUCUGACGCCUCCGACGCGGCCUUUGGUGUGGUCGGAUGUCAACGUCAUUCAUACAACGGACAGCCAUGGAUGGCUCUUGGGUCACCAGCAUCUUUCGUUCCCGGAGCCCAACUAUAGUGGGGACUUCGGUGACUUCGCAUCGUUCGUGACGCACAUGAAAGCGAUCGCUGAGGAAAAGGACGUCGACCUUCUGCUGAUCGACACCGGUGACCUGCACGAUGGCACAGGUCUGUCGGAUGGGUUCCCUCUGGGCCAGGUCGAUGGCCGCGAGACGAACAAGUUCAUCAUGGACCUUCCGUACGACGUCCUCACUAUCGGCAAUCACGAGUUGUACGACUACGCAAACACGUACGACAUGUACACGAACUUCGCACCGUACUGGAACGGCCGGUACCUCUCUUCGAACGUGAAUAUCACCGUCUACGCGGGUAGCGGUAACGAGACGAAGAGUGUUCCGGUUGGUGAGAGAUACGUCAAGUUCAAGACAAGGAAGGGUCGCUCCGUGACCUCCCUCGGUGUCCUGUACGACUUCACGGGCAACGACGUCAACACGACUGUGCAGACUGUUUCCAAGAUGGUCAAAGAAGACUGGUUCACUGAAGCCAUCAAGGAUGAACCCGAUUUCUUCCUGCUCCUAGGACACAUGCCCGUCCGCUACGACAACUGGCCGACCGUGUACGACGCCAUCCGCAAGGUGCACAAGUACACGCCCAUCCUGAUAUUCGGUGGCCACACUCACAUUCGUGACUGCACUCAAUUCGACGGUCGUUCUAUGGCCCUCGAGAGUGGUCGCUACAUGGAGACUGUUGGCUGGUUGAGCGCGAACCUCAGCGGCACGGAGAAGGAGAACAUCACAUUCACUCGGCGCUACCUCGAUGCCAACCGUGUUACAUACGAGUACCACACGAACACGAGCAACAGUACCUACGACACUACUGCCGGUCAAAACAUCACAUCGGGCCUUCAGCAGCUGUGGAAUACGUAUGAUCUAGGCUUCCUGUACGGCACGGCCCCUCAGGACUACACCCUCUCUCGCGAUCCCUACCCGUCAAACGGCUCUGUCCUUUCUCUUCUGGUUUCCGAGGCCCUGCCGUACGUGCUCACCAUCAACAACACACGCAUGAACGUCCCGAACAUCAUCCUGACCAACUCCGGCGAGCUGCGCUACGACAUCUUCGAGGGCACCUUCAACAAGAACGACCAGCUCACGGCGCUGCCCUUCGCUGACUCCUUCCUGUACAUCCCGAACAUCACAUCAGGAAAAACUCUCCUACGAAUCCUGCCAGGGCUCAACAAGGGCGGCGAGAACGACCGGCGGCGCUCGCUCGACCUGCUUGAGCGCGAGACAGAGCGCUAUGCACGGGGCGACGUAAGUGUGCGAUACAACGCGUGGCUGGAGGAGAUGAGCGCGAGGAGGAUUCGGUCGAGGGCUGACGAUGACAACCUCACUCUGGGAUAUGUCACGUCUGAUCAAUGCCCCGGCGUCGGCGACGACACUCCCCACACCGCCCUUCCUUACCAUUCGAGCCCGGACUACAUCUCGUCCGACGCGCCCAGCGUGUUGAACGACACCCUCGUCGACCUCGUCUUCAUCGAUUUCAUCGAGGAGGACGUGAUUGACAUACUGAACAACGUCCAGAGCGACAAGACGUACACUCAGUCGGAAGUACUGUCCUACUCGCCGAUCCUUGCCAGCGCCGUGCUCGGCUUGUACGCCCAAGAAUACUGGAACUGAGUGGGUUCGCGACAACAUGUACAGUAUGGUAGUAUCUUGGCGUGCUCUUUAACAUCGUGUGAAGACCUGGUUGUUUCAGCAAUCUGCCUAGCAUACUUAUGCGGACCGCCUGUUGCACCAGGGUCGAUGCCGCGGCGUUCAAUCUCGCGGUCGAAGACACAUGUAGUCUAGAUUGUCUUGGGUGAAACGACUCAUAAAUCGUCUUCUGUGUCAAGUUUGACAAGUCGUACGGCAACCACACAAUCUGUCAACAAUUGUCACGGAUACACAUUGCUACCAGUUUUCAACCUCAUAUAAUAAGUUAGAUUGUGCGAUUGAGGCAUGAAGGUGCUCUCAUGACGGAGCAGUCCCUGUCAAUUACAGUUAGAGAGAACGCAAAUACCAUGGAGUGUGAACCUAGAUCACCUUCAUUGCCACAUCCAGUGCC